UAAUUUUGAGAUUGCGGUAGUGAUGUUAAGGGUCUUCCUGAAGCCGUGUUGCAUAAGUUAUGGAGAGGAGGUUUUUGGAGCCGAGGGUAAAGUCAAAAGUGUCUCCGUUGCAAAUCUAUCACAUCCCAACUCAAGGAAAGUUCGUCAGCUGACUAAACAAGCAAAAAAAGAAUCAGCAAGAAAGAAAUCAAAGAUGGUACAUCAAAUGAAGUUAAAUGUGACGGGUGAAAAGUUCUUGUGGUUUCAAAACAAUCUUCCAGCAGAUGUCUCAGAAAUAAGCCAUGGUGAGAUUGCAUCUUUAAUCGAAAAGUACCUGGGAAGAUUUGAUGAAGAAUUGGAACAAAUACAGUUGAAGCAUUCUGUAGGUCAACGGAAAAAUAACAGGCAACAUGCUAGUAGAGAAGAUGUCAUCAAACUGACAAAAAAACAAGAAGAAGAGGAAUAUAAUGCAGCCGGAAUAGAACUACCCAAUCUUCUCCUACCAGUCCAAGUAGAGUUUUUGCGCAGAUGGAAUGGUGAACUCAGAUUUCUACAGCAGUUCAAGCUAAGAAGAUUUUCCAGAGAGUUCCUGAAAAGAGGUUGUUUAAAGAGCAGACCAGCUAGUCCUGUAGAAUCUAAUGAGAAUGGUCAAGACAUCAAUAAAAUAGACACCAGAAUAAUGAAUGAGUUAAAUGCGGAAGAGGAGAGCGGAGGGCGGAGAGUAGAAAAGCGAUUAACAAGGCAUGCCGCUCCGCUUCUAGGAAAACAGUAA